AUGCCGGCCAGCGAGGAUCCCCUCAACCCCAGCGAGGCCAAUUUUCACCAAGAGGACCUCAAUGAGGACGACGUGUGCGACUUGCUCGAGUGGCUACUCAGGGAGAAGAAGGGCGCCAUCGCCCGGGUGGAGAGGCUCGGAGUCCGUAGGAUCUCAAGGGCUAGCCUGUUGGCCUUUUCGCCGAGCAGGAACUUUACAGGCACUUUGGUCGAAUGGAAUCAUGGUGGUCGACGGGAUGCGGUCAUGAAGAGGCCCCGGGGCGAGCGGCGGCGGAAGUUUCUCCCGAACCCGGGCGAGAAGAUCAAGAUGCGUAGGUCAGACGGUGAGGAUAGUGAUGGGGAGCUGUCUGAUGGGGAAAUUAUCGACAUCAACCCAUUUUACCCCGAGCCUGUAGAGAAACCAAGUUUCCUGCUGGACAAGAACGCCGACCGAAGCAAGUCCAAAGUGGUUGCGCUCAAUGAAGGCCCCAACAAUGACUCUACUGCCACAUCUGCAAGCACACUUCCGAAGCUGCAACCUCGGGAUACUACUGGCUAUCCGCUGAUGGUGCAAACCAAGGUCCAUAACAGCCAUGGACGACAACAACAAGAUCAUCCCCUUCAAGUCCCAUAUCUCCACAGUGGUCACGAAAGCGACAUGACUAGGGUGGUACAUCAGACCAAAGAGGAUCUCAAGGCUAGCGCAAACGUCAUUGAACAGCCGCAGCCUCAUGUGGUCGUAUGCCAUACGCCUGCCUAUCACGUCGACAACCGCACCAUCCAGCGUACAGCGCCCCCAACCAUAGCCUCUGCCCCAACAGGUCUGAAUCAAGCUUCAUAUACCUUUGAGGGACCACAUACCGGCAGCAAGCAAGCAGUCACCAAUAAUACCUUUAAAGGUGAUGGUGUCCUCGGCGAGGAGUACAGCGCUUUCACCAUAUCCAACCAGGACGCCUUUCUCCACAACAAUAAUCUCACAGACAUGGGUCUUGAGGAAGCAGCUUAUACCCCCACGCAGCCGACACCAAAACCCGACGACACUGCCUACUACGUAGCGACAAUACCGCAUGCCCAGGCAGCGGGUGUCUAUCAUGACGCACCAGCAGCAGCAGCAUCCUCGUUCGCCGGUGGCAUGGACGGCAGCGUCGACAGCAUCCAUCUGCAGCACAACGACCUCGCAAUGCCUGCCGCGGACGAUUUCCUCCACACGAGCUUUGACGAUCUCGUUGCGUGGGACGGCGAUGCUUGAUGAUCCUUUUUUUGGGGGGGACAAGGAACCACGGGCGAGAGGGUUGCACAGCAUCAGCAAGAGAAAAGAGCAGCAGUCAGCCUUUUUUUUGUGUGCGACUGUGCGGGAAGUCUUGUCCGCCGCCGAGGGACAAAAACCAAGCUCAGAACACAUUACUACAAUGUGUGAUCAGCCCGCCAUGCUUGACAUCUCACGGGAAUUUGUGGAGGUAGCUUCUCCCGUUACACCCGUUUGAUCCCGCCAUGCAUGAGACUCCGGGGGCGAGGUGUGUUGUGCUUGUCCGACAGUCCGGGCACGUCCGUGGCUUGUGUCACUUCUUGAUCUUUCCGUCCCGUCUGAUCUUC